UAAUCAUCCGACGACGAUAACACACAUUCUUUCCUUUCUUAUUCUCAUUCUUUCUUCCAUUUCAUCUCUUCUUCUUCUUCUUCGACGAGAUGAAAUCUCCCGAUAUGGCGGCGGUUACUGAUUCUCUUGAGCAAUCUUUCCGUAACUUCUCCCUCAACCACCGUCUAUCCUCUGCCGCCCCCUCUUCCGCCGGAGUGCGGAGAUCACCGUCUUCAUUUUCUUCCUCUUCUUCCUCCUCCGAUGACGAACCUCAUCUUCCUCUUCAUCAACAUAAUCGCUUCGACACAAUCUUGGAGCUCAACUCUCACAUCUCCCUCCCUCCUUUCUGGGAGCAAUGCCUCGAUUUGAAGACAGGGGAAGUUUACUAUAGAAACUGCCGAACCGGAAUGAAGGUAAAAGAAGAUCCGAGGACAGCCGUAGCACACAGCCGAGAUUUAUAUUCGGAAGACGACGGGGAGGACGGUGAUGAGAGUUCUUCAGACGGUGGAAGUGAGGAGUCGUGUUCUUCAUCGUCGUACGGUGGUAGUAGACAGCAAUAUCCGGCGGAAAACGUGGAGGAUGUACUGGUAGUAGCUGGAUGCAAGAGAUGCUUCAUGUAUUUCAUGGUGCCGAAACAGGUUGAAGAUUGUCCCAAAUGCAGCAGCAGUCGUCUUGUUCAUUUCGAUCGCUCCGACGAGAGUAAUGGGUUCCCAUGAACCACUUUUUUUUUUCUUUUGAGAAAAACAAGAAACCAAAAUCAAACUGUAUUUGGGUUAAUUGAUCUGACAAAAUCAUUGAUUCUUUUUCUUUGGAUUAA